AUGGCUAGAUUGCGCGCGUCGCUACUUCGGCUUACUGUUCGACUUCGCCCCUUCGACGGUAUUGAUUUUGUUUUUUCGGCUGGUGUAGAUCCGUUGCAGGGAGAUUUCCCAGAAGUGAUAGAAGAGUACUUGCAACAUGGAAACAUGAAAUGCAUUGCUUUUAAUCGCCGUGGAACUCUUCUAGCUGCGGGUUGUUCAGAUGGAAGCUGUGUCAUUUGGGAUUUUGAGACUCGAGGAAUUGCUAAGGAGCUCCGUGAUAAGGAUUGUGUUGCACCUAUAACAAGCGUUUGCUGGUCCAAAUAUGGCCAUCACCUGCUUGCAUCAGCUACUGAUAGGUCAUUGACUCUUUGGGAUGUUAAGAGUGGCGAAAAGAUUGCCCGAGUCACUCUACAGCAAACGACACUUCUUGUUCGUCUCCAUCCAGGAUCCUGCACUCCAUCAAUUUGUUUGGCUUGCCCUCUCUCUUCUGCGCCAAUCCUUGUUGAUCUGAAUACUAGUAGCUCCACUGUUCUUCCAGUUUCAGUCUCUGAUUCUGGAAUUGGUGUUCUUCCUCAUCCACGCAAUAAAUUUGCAGAUGGCUCCCCACCUUAUACUCCCACCGCAGCUACUUUCAACAAAAAUGGCGACCUAAUCUAUGUGGGUAAUUCCAAAGGUGAGAUACUCAUAGUGGAUUUCAAAACUAUCCGUGUGCGUGCAAUGAUUCCUAUACUGGGGGGCUCCAUUGUCAGAAAUAUUGUUUUUAGUAGAAAUGGACAAUAUUUGCUCACAAACUCUAAUGAUCGUGUCAUUAGAAUCUAUGAGAACCUACUUACUCAGAAAAAAGCUGCUGUAGCUCUUGAGGAAAUGAGCAGUUCUUUUGAUAAUCUUCAAGGGACUGAGAAAUUGAAGGCAGUUGGAUCCAAAUGUCUGAUCUUACAGAGGGAGUUUCAAGAUGCUGUGACGAAGAUCCAGUGGAAAGCUCCUUGCUUUAGUGGUGAUGGUGACUGGGUUGUCGGAGCUUCAGCCACCAAAGGAGAGCACAAAAUAUACAUAUGGGAUCGGUCUGGAUAUCUGGCGAAGAUCCUGGAAGGCCCAAAGGAGGCUCUAAUUGAUCUUGCUUGGCACCCGGUCCGGCCAUUGGUUGUUUCUGUCUCUAUUGCUGGUUUGGUGUACAUUUGGGCUAAGGAUUACACUGAAAAUUGGAGUGCAUUUGCUCCUGACUUUAAAGAACUUGAGGAGAAUGAAGAAUAUGUGGAAAGAGAAGAUGAGUUUGAUUUGGUGCCUGAAACAGAUAAAGUGAAAGAUUAUGAAGUUGAUGAAGAUGAGGAAGUCGAUGUUGUGAACUUCGAGAAGGACCCAGCCUUCAGUGAUUCUGAUGCAUCAAUGGAAGAGCUCUGCUUCCUCACUGCAAUCCCUUCUCCAGAUGCUCCAGAGCAGCAAGACAAGUAUGUAGGAAGCUCCACUAAGGUAGAGGAAAGCACACAUUCUGGCUCUCCUCUCUCUGUGGAUGUAGAGCAAAAUGACCAGGCAAUAAUACUUCCUGAUUUGAGCCUAGCUGAAGGUGGGAACUCUGCUGCAGAAGAAACUGUGGGAACUAAUAGCUCAAAGAGGAGGAGGAAGCCAUCAGCAAAAGGGCUCGAAUUACAAGCAGAUCAGGUUCGAAAGCCUUUAAAAAAGGGCAAAUCAUCUAACAAAUCCUUCAAGUCUAAAAAUAAAAAGAAUGAUCAGGAUACAAAUGGAUUUGCACACGAGGAGGAUGUAACUGAUGAGUGCUUAUAAACAUUUUCAAAACUUUGGUAAUUUAAUCUGAUAUUCUCUUUUGCUCUCCUUGGAUUAA